AUGCCGAAGAAGCAGGAGGACGGCAAGGAGGAUCCGCCUAAGACCGUGCGAGAGAAGCGCCAGUCUGCUGCUGCUGCUGACAACGCGCCUGGCCCCUCCAACGAAGCGCCGGAUGCCAAGCGGCCACGCGGUCGACCGCCGAAGGCCUUGUCGGUGGAGCCGCGCGCGCCGAAGCCCAUCGCAUCCACAGAGGCACGGAAGCUGCGGAAGGCAGAUGCAGCGCAGCCCGAGAAUGAAGGCCAUUCCACCAGCAGGGAAGUCCCAAGUAAAGCCACGAGAGCGAUCCGCAAGAAACGCUCGAGAAGCCGCUCCCCGAGCAGCGCCAACGAAACGGAAAGCGAGGCUCCACGGCAUCGCAGCGCCAAGAGGAGGUCCACCAGGUCUACUGUGUCACAGCCUUGCUCGACCUUCUGCAAGCUGCGCUAA